AUGAAAGGCAACUUCACCUUUGCCACCAUCAACAAAAACGUCACCAGCAGUCCUUUCGUCGGACCUGCGAACAUCUCUGGCAAUGAGUCUACCUAUAACUGCUCGCAUAAGCCGUCAGAUAAGCAUUUAGAUGCUAUUCCUGUUCUCUACUACAUUAUUUUUGCAAUUGGAUUUCUUGUCAAUACAAUUGUGGUUGUACUGUUUUGUUGUCAAAAGGGCCCUAAAAAGGUUUCCAGCAUUUACAUCUUCAACCUGGCUGUGGCUGACUUACUGCUUUUGGCUACUCUUCCUCUCUGGGCAACCUAUUAUUCUUAUAGAUAUGACUGGCUCUUUGGACCUGUGAUGUGCAAAGUUUUUGGUUCUUUCCUGACCCUGAACAUGUUUGCAAGCAUUUUUUUUAUAACCUGCAUGAGUGUUGAUAGGUACCAAUCUGUCAUCUAUCCCUUUCUGUCCCAAAGAAGGAAUCCCUGGCAAGCAUCAUAUACAGUUCCCCUGGUUUGGUGCCUGGCCUGUCUGUCCUCAUUGCCAACAUUUUAUUUUCGAGAUGUUAGAUCUGUUGAUUAUUUAGGGGUAAAUGCUUGCAUUAUGGCUUUCCCACCAGAGAAAUAUGCCCAAUGGUCAGCUGGGAUUGCCUUAAUGAAAAAUAUCCUCGGUUUCAUUAUCCCUUUGAUAUUCAUAGCAACAUGCUAUUUUGGAAUCAGAAAACACUUGCUGAAGACCAAUAGCUAUGGGAAGAACAGAAUAACUCGUGACCAAGUCCUGAAGAUGGCAGCUGCUGUUGUUCUGGCGUUCAUUAUUUGUUGGCUUCCCUUCCAUGUUUUGACCUUCCUGGAUGCUCUGGCCUGGAUGGGUGUCAUUAAUAGCUGUGAAGUUAUAGCUGUCAUUGACCUGGCACUUCCUUUUGCCAUCCUCCUGGGAUUCGCUAACAGCUGCGUUAAUCCCUUUUUGUAUUGCUUUGUUGGAAACCGGUUCCAACAGAAGCUCCGCGAUGUGUUUAGGGUUCCAAUUACUUGGCUACAAGGCAAGAGAGAGAGUGUGUCAUGCCGUAAAAGCAGUUCUGUUAGAGAAAUGGAGACCUUUGUGUCUUCAACAUGA